UUGUCCAAAUCAACGUCUAAUGGUCAUAACUUCUAGUAGUGCAAUCAAAAUGUUCAAACUUAUUCUUCUCAUCGUAUCUUUGUCCUGCGUCAGCGCUGGGUAUGCUGGACAGCAAACUAUUUACGUUGCACCUGUUGCUGCACACUAUGCUGCUGCUACACCUUCCGUUGGUUACAGUACCGCCACACACAGCCACGCACCAAUUCUAACCCAAGCAUACGCCCACCCUGCCCCCGUAUUGGUCGCUCCAGUCCAGGCAUAUCCAGCUCCAUUAACCCAAUCCUACGCAUAUGGAAACAAUUAUGCUCCAGUGCUUUCUUACAAUCAAGGAUACGCCCCAGCUACAGCCCACAAUAUUAACGGACACGCUGCAUAUGAAACUCCACUGGUCACAAAAACGGUGGCUAUUGCCCAACCCCAGUUCUGUUGUGACACAGUUUGGACCCCCAAUAACUUCAACAACUAUCAUGGACAUUAUUCUUAUUAAAAUCACCCAAAGAUAACUAGAAUCGUGAUUUAAUAUUUGUUGAACUGAAAUAAUUAUGUGGGAAUGUUAAAGAAAGGCGAUUGCCCUCUAACUUGAAGGAGCCUCUUCCAUUAUGUA